GGAAUGUCACUAGUGCGUCUGGGUCUCAGAUGGCAAGCGGCAUCAGCCUGGUCUCCUUCAACAGCCGACCCGACGGCAUGCACCAGCGCUCCUACUCAGUCUCCAGUGCGGACCAGUGGAGUGAGGCUACGGUCAUUGCAAACUCGGCCAUCAGCAGUGACACAGGGCUGGGUGACUCCGUGUGCUCCAGCCCAAGCAUCUCCAGCAGCACCAGCCCCAAGCUCGAUCCGCCCCCCUCUCCCCACGCCAACAGAAAGAAGCACCGAAGGAAGAAAAGUACAAGUAACUUCAAAGCCGACGGGCUCUCAGGCACUGCUGAAGAACAAGAAGAAAACUUUGAGUUUAUCAUUGUGUCCCUCACUGGUCAGACAUGGCACUUUGAAGCCACCACAUAUGAAGAGCGAGAUGCAUGGGUCCAAGCCAUCGAAAGCCAGAUCCUAGCCAGCUUGCAGUCCUGCGAGAGCAGCAAGAAUAAGUCCCGACUGACCAGCCAGAGCGAGGCCAUGGCCCUGCAGUCUAUCCGAAACAUCCGGGGGAACUCCCGCUGUGUGGACUGCGACACCCAGAAUCCCAACUGGGCCAGUUUGAAUUUGGGAGCCCUCAUGUGCAUCGAGUGCUCAGGUAUCCACCGGAAUCUUGGCACUCACCUUUCCCGAGUGCGAUCUCUGGACCUGGAUGACUGGCCCAUCGAGCUGAUCAAGGUGAUGUCAUCCAUCGGGAAUGAGCUGGCCAACAGUGUGUGGGAAGAGAGCAGCCAGGGGCGGACGAAACCCUCCUUAGACUCCACAAGGGAAGAAAAGGAGCGGUGGAUCCGAGCCAAGUAUGAACAGAAACUCUUCCUGGCCCCGCUGCCAUGUACCGAGCUGUCCCUGGGUCAGCACCUGCUGCGUGCCACUGCCGAUGAGGACCUGCGGACUGUCAUCCUGCUGCUGGCCCAUGGCUCCCGGGAUGAAGUGAACGAGACCUGUGGGGAGGGAGAUGGCCGCACGGCACUGCACCUGGCCUGCCGCAAGGGCAAUGUGGUUCUGGCACAGCUGCUGAUCUGGUACGGGGUGGACGUCAUGGCCCGAGACGCCCACGGGAACACAGCGCUGGCCUACGCCCGGCAGGCCUCCAGCCAGGAGUGCAUCGACGUGCUGCUGCAGUACGGCUGCCCGGACGAGCGCUUCGUGCUCAUGGCCACCCCCAACCUGUCCAGGAGGAACAACGGCCGGAACAACAGCAGCGGCAGGGUGCCCAGCAUCAUCUGAGCACGAGCCGCUGCCCCACCCCGGGCCCCAGUCGCUGCCCGCCCUCGGGAGCCACAGCACGUGAGUCCCGUUGUGUCCCCUCCCUCUUCCUGGUGGUCACCUUCUGCCCGCCCACCCACUCACCCCACAAGAAAUCUCCCAACUGCGCAUCCUCAAGGGCAUAGAGGAGACCAGGAGGCUGCAAGACCCGAUUCCUUUUCACAAACUCCUAAAGCGACACAGGAGAGACGACGGGCCUCGGCUCUUUGAUGAAAGCACAUGGCCGGCCCUGCGAGGGGCCCCUGUCCUGGUGGCCUGGAGACAGAGGGCAAGACAGACAGGCACGAGAGGGGGAAGGGAGGCGAGGAGCAAAGAGAAGGGCAACUUCCCCUAGCUGGCAGUUAAGCACAUCAGUACAUUUCACCUCCACCGAAUGGAGCACUUGGAUUUCAUCUCUUCUCGGAGGAGCUUGACGGCGUAAAUCAGGAGCAAGCACAGAGUUUGUCAGGUCUGAAGCCCCUAUGAUGGUAUGUGUCAAAUCAGUUGUAUCUAAUCUGUCCGGGGAGAAUACUGGCUUCAUUACACUUGUAUAGUUGAGUUCUUCCGGCAUUACCGCUGUUUAAUAGAAGGUGAUUAGUCAUCACCGAGAAGAAAGCCGAGGAGGUAGUUAGGCGCACGCUCCGGUGAUUGCCACGAUGUGAUUGCAAUACUCUUACAAGCAUCAUAUUAUCCCAGACAUGUUCUUUCGAGCCCUUGGAGCCCUCCUUUCUAAAUUCACUGUCAUAAUUUAGUAUCUGUUUAAUUUUUCAGUCCAAAGAGAGGAAAUCAGUUGCUGAGUAGUAUUUGACUGCAGUCUCCUUGGUGCAAAAACAAAAUGGAAAAAAUAAAUAAGAAUAACUUGGAAAAUCACAAAUUCAACUGGCAAUGGCUUCCUCAAGUGUGUUCCGUAAAAUAAGUAGAUACAUAAAAAGCUAUUUUUCCCCCUCAAAUGUUAAGACAGAUUUUCUGUCCUUUGACCAAGGUGGAUGUGUGAGGCUCGGCCCCUCCUGGGCCACAUGGCCCCAUUACCCAGUCUUAGGUCCUUAGACAAGAUGUGUGAAAAUGUAUUGGAAUAAAAGAUAUGCAUUGAUUUUUGUACAGACACAUGGCACCUCUGUUCAUUUAUAAAUUGAACUGGAUGUGAACUAAUAAUGUGCAACUAGUUGAGAUAAGAGAGUUCCAGAUCACUGUACAUGGAAAUAUUCCCAGCAGUAAACACUUCCAUUAAUGUGAUACACAGCUUUUAAAAAGGAACACAUCAGAGUAAGAUAGUAGGACAAUUUGCUUAUUAAAAUCAAGAAAGGAAAAAAAACGAAGACACUGGAGCUGUCAGAAGUGGGGGGAAGGAGCUCAUGAUUCCUCAUCCUCUAAGGCAUGAUUUAGAUCUGAGACCUUUUUGCUAACCAAAAACCAAGGGUUCUGGCAGGACCGGCUGGUUUGCCAAAUACCAGACCAGGGUGUUUCACAAAAGCACCUUGUGAGUAGCUGCCAAUGGUUCUGGCAUAGCCUGGCUCUGCCAGACCUCACAUUCUGGACCCCUGUUCUAGCACCAAACAUGGUUUGGCACCAUGGGGCUCAGGGCCAUUUCAGACACCUGCCGUCUUCAGCAUGGUAGUCAGACUAGCAAACUAAAUCAUGACAUGCUUAGGUUAAAAAAGAAAGGGGCUUCUGGGUGCCAGUGGCUCAUGCCUAUCUCACACCUGUAAUCCUAGUUACUUGGGAA